AAAAAAUCCAGUUUCAAAAAUUUCCCCGAGUUCCCUCAAGUCCUUGAUAUUUGGCUUUAGGGGGGCUUUUCAUUUCAAUACCUAAAGCCAAACGCGCCCUGUUAAUGGCCACUGCCUGCGCUACAUCGUUUCUCAGUCCUGCAAUUCCUUUGACAACUAAGAAGAACAUUAGAACAACCAAAACCAAAAGCAGAACUUGCCACGUCAGCCCUCGGAUAUCCCUGCAGCAGCAACGGUCUCCAAACUUGAACGUCCUCACAACCAUCUCCAGGCUGCUAUGGGGCAAAUCCCUUCCGCCUCAACUCCUCAUCUCCACCGUCCGCACGACUUGGAACGCCACUUGGCAUCUAAUGAUGAAACAGCUCGCUCCUUCUGAUCCCUCUGGCUCCUACACUCGACCUGCCAGCAAAUUCCGCAUCAACUCCGAUUCAUCUCUUUUUUCCCGCCUGAAACCAGGCACCCUCCACCUGUUUGUAGGAUUGCCUUGCCCGUGGGCUCACCGGACCUUAAUUGUUAGAGCUCUCAAAGGCCUCGAAGAAGCUGUGCCCAUUUCGGUGGCUUCUCCUGGCAUCGAUGGCGCUUGGGAAUUUCAUGAAUUCCGCACUGGCAACGCCAAUGAUCUUAUGCCAAGUGUCAAUAACAUCAAUCGAUGCAAGACUCUGAAAGAGGUUUAUGGGCUGCAGCGAGAGGGUUACGAUGGACGAGCAUCAGUUCCAAUGCUUUGGGACGUUGAAAGAAAAGAAGUAUUGUGUAAUGAGAGCUACGAUAUCAUCGAAUUGUUCAAUUCGGGUUUUAACGGAGCAGUGGGUAAUUCAAGUGUGGAUCUUUCGCCGCCAUCGUUGAAGGGUCAGAUUGAAGAAUGGAAUCGUAUAAUUUACCCCAAUGUGAAUAAUGGGGUCUACAGAUGUGGAUUUGCGCAGAGCCAAGAAGCGUAUGACACUGCAGUGAAACAGUUAUUUAGUACACUGGACAUGCUGGAUGAUCAUCUGGCCAGUUCUCGGUACUUAUGUGGAGAUGCGCUUACACUUGCUGAUAUUUGCCUGUUCACUACUUUAAUUCGGUUUGACCUUGCCUAUAAUGUUCUCUUCAAAUGCACAAAGAAAAAGUUGCUGGAGUAUCCCAAUCUCCAUGGAUAUAUGUGCGACAUAUAUCAAAUUCCAAAGGUCGCAGAAACCUGCAACCUUGAAGAAAUUAUGAAUGGUUAUUACAAGAUUCUUUUCCCACUGAAUCCAGGCAGCAUUCGACCAAUCAUUCCUACUGGUUGUGAACAUGAAGUACUCUCUAAACCCCACAAUAGAGAGUCACUGUCACCGGUUAAUAAACAUGCUGAAGUUCAUGUUUAAUAAAUGUGACCUUGUUUGUGCAGUUCAGAUGGAUCCCAAGGUGGAAGUUCAUGCCCAAAUCAAUUCUAAAACCAACCUCCACUGAACAUGGUGCAGUGUAUAGGUGAAGCUGAUUCAACAACAUAGUUUUCAACAAAACUGCAACUCAACUUCUUAGAUCGAACUGGGGAAGGUGAGACUGAGAUUUCUUUGAAUUUUUUUGCAACAAUCAGAAGAAAAUUGAUUUCUAUCAGUCCUUAAAAGCCUAGGUCGUGAUAGGGUUUUUGGAAGACAAAAGAGAAGAAGAGAAAACAAGCGAGAGUGGUGUUU